AUGGGUUUAUCAGCUGUUGGUGUUGGUGUUGGUGUUGGUGUUGGUGUUGGUGUUGGUGUUGGUGUUGGUGUUGGUGUUGGUGUUGGUGUUGGUGUUGGUGUUGGUGUUGGUGUUGUUGUCGCUGUUGGUGUUGGUGUUGUUGUCGCUGUUGGUGUUGGUGUUGGUGUUGGUGUUGUUGCUGUUGUAGUCCCUGCUGCUUUAUCUUUUUUAGAUCUAUCUUCUUUGGACCAUCUGAAUUUAAUGAGUUGA